AUGUCUACUCUCGUAAACCUGACGGCGAGAGCUGAUGAGGGGCGCGUGGAGUCUCAGGGUGGCAUCAUUGAGGGUGCCAAUCCGACCGAGUACAAUCCCAAAGACCCCAUCAUCCUCUUCAUCAUCCAGGCCUCUUUCAUCAUCAUUCUAUGCCACCUUUUGCACUGGCCGCUGUCCAAGAUUCGUCAGCCUCGUGUCAUAGCAGAGGUUAUUGGUGGCAUCAUACUGGGUCCCUCUGUAAUGGGCCGCAUCCCCGGCUUUACUGAUGCUAUUUUCCCCUCUGAAUCUAUACCUGGCCUGACCCUCGUCGCCAAUCUGGGUCUUGUACUCUAUUUGUUCAUGAUUGGUCUUGAGACUGAUGUCCGGUUUCUUGUUGAAAAUUGGCGCAUCGCCUCGGCCGUAGCUUUCGCUGGUCUCGCUCUUCCCUUUGCACUUGGCUGUGCUCUAGCCUGGGGUCUCUACAACGAGUUUCGCACCGACGCCGGUAUCGUCGACAUUGAGUUCACCACAUACAUGCUCUUCAUCGGCGUUGCCAUAGCCAUCACGGCCUUUCCUGUACUGUGCAGAAUUCUGACUGAACUCAAUCUCCUCGGCACCACGGCUGGUAUUGUCACACUCUCAGCAGGGGUUGCAAACGACGUCAUUGGCUGGAUUCUUCUCGCUCUCUGCGUAACAUUGGCCAAUUCUGGCGAUGGGUUAUCGGCUCUGUGGAUUCUACUGACUUGCUUCGGUUACCUUCUCUUCCUGAUCUAUGCUGUCAAGCCUGUACUCUACUGGCUGCUCGAUCGCACCGGCAACCUCAAAAAUGGCCCAUCGCAGGUGAUCAUCUCCUUGAUUCUUCUCAUCGCCAUUGCGUCUGCUUUCUUUACUGGCAUUCUUGGUGUCCAUCCCAUCUUUGGCGGCUUCAUGGCUGGUCUCAUUGUACCCCGAGAUAUGAGUUUCGCGAUAAAGGUGACGGAAAAACUUGAAGAUCUCAUUGGCGCCUUAUUUCUGCCUUUGUACUUCACACUUUCCGGCCUCAAUACUAACCUGGGUCUUCUUGACAACGGCAUAACCUGGGCGUAUAUCGUUGCCGUCACCCUCACCGCAUUCUUCAGUAAAAUCAUUGGUGCUACUCUGGCCGCCCGACUUAGCGGCAUUGUUUGGCGAGAAUCCUUCACGAUCGGGGCGCUCAUGAGUUGCAAGGGUCUCGUGGAACUCAUUGUCCUUAAUAUCGGACUUCAAGCCAAGAUUCUAAGCCAGAGAACAUUCACUAUUUUCGUUGUCAUGGCUUUGGUCACAACCUUUACAACCACGCCAUUGACAACCUUUUUGUAUCCACCGUGGUACCAGAAGAAGCUGGAAGCUUGGAAGCGCGGGGAGAUUGACUGGGACAGCGGGGAGCCCAAUGGUGCCGACUCUGCCACCCCGAAAGAGUCCGCUCCACACAAUCGCGUUGGCCAGCUCCUCGUCUAUCUCAGACUUGACAGCAUGCCCGGACUGCUGGGCAUCGUGGCACUUUUUGGACAAGAUAUCCAGAAUUCUUCGCCUGCGAUGCAUGUCGGCAAGGAGGGCAUGGCACAAGCUACGCCACCCAAAAGGCAUGUCCGGGCCCAUGGCCUGAGAUUGCUGCAGCUCGGAGAUCGUGACUCUUCGGUCAUGACUGUGUCUGAAGUCGAGCAGUAUACUAAGAAUGACCCCAUUGUGAACAUGUGGCGCAUGGUGGGACAAAUACUCAAGGUGUCUGUUUCGGGCGAAGUGGCUACCAUGCUAGAGAGCCGUUUUUCCGAGGCUUUGCUCACCAAGUCCUCCGAUAUUUCAUCGGACUUGCUACUUCUCCCCUGGAGUGGCACCGGGCAUUUGGGCGACUCGCAGGCACCCUUUUCCGAUGACAAGAUAGUAUCUUCCUACAUAUCUUUCACAAACUCGGUCCUUUCCUCAACAGAGCAGAAUAUUGCGAUUCUUCUUCCCCAGUCCCGCGAAACACAGGAUACAUCGCGGACCGCCGACAGACUUAAGUUGCACCGAGCCUAUUCUUUCAGCGACAUACACCAUGACGUCAAUCCCUUACCUGUAAAGGAUAAGGCGCGACGUAUUGUCGUGCCCUUCUUCGGAGGUAGUGAUGAUAGGCUGGCGCUAAUGCUGGCACUUCAAUUUUGCGAGAGAGAGGAAGUGUCGGCCAGGAUUUUGCACAUCAUGGCCGACAAUGCGAUAUCUGCCACUGAAGAACGGGAAUACCUCAACAGCGUUAUUGGAAGUCUUUCGCCGGACGUCGCAUCCCGGGUGGAGUUUAUUUUUGCACCCAGCAACGAUGCCGGUGAGGAACUCGUGACAUCGGCAAUAGGAUCGCUCGGUCAAGACUCCAGUGACGUUUCUUGGGACAACCUUGUGGUUGUUGGGCGCCACGGUUCUGCCGGAAAGCUCUCUCUAGGCGUUGGAAAAGCACCUCUUGAAAUCUCCGACGAGUUGGUGGGUUGCAUUGGGUACGAUGCUGGCCUCCUCAUCAGUUCAGGUAUCAAAGCGGAUCUCCUGGUUGUGCAAGCGAAGUCCACUAAUUCGUGA